AUGCGUCUUGUAGAAAUCGGCGCUCUCGCCACCGACUCGGAUCUGAGCCAGUGGCGAGCGAGUUGCGAAACGGUUUCCCACCAAAUAGGACUGAAAUUGGCGAGAAACGAGGGCGGACUCAUGGAGAUUUUCAAUGCGGUCGUCGCUUCGUUGCCCAGGUUUGUUUGGAGAAUUUUGUUUUUAAAGAAAUAAAGAAUUUUCGGCGUUUUCCAACUGAUGAACGUAAAAAAUGGAUUUCAGAAGUAGUGACGUGUUCCGUUGCUCGGCCAUCUCCUCAAAUGGAUCCUUGGAGUCGGCCCGACGGUCCCUCAUCGAAGCACUGACGAAAACGGUGCCGAUUCUGCUGGAAAACGGAUGGAAAAAGAGUGCGGACUACAAAAAACACGCUCUCAUCGACUCGUUCUCACUGCUGGAGGAGCCCGACGCGUCGCGGAUCCUCAAAAUGGCACUCGAGAAUCGGGCGAUCACCGACGACGAUGUGGAAGAGUAUUUUGCGCUGUUCGACAAGGUUUUUACGAAGAAAAUCAGUUUUGCACAGUUUUUUUGUUGUAGAGGCUGGAACGUCUUCUGAUGUACGGAAAGCCGCAAUUCGAGGCCGCCACCAGCCAGUCGGACCGUGCGAAAUACGCGAAUCUGUGUGUGGAAGUGCUCGUCGCCGUCGGAACUUGCGUCCGAAACGCCCAGAAAAUCACGGAUCUCCUCGAACGGAACGCAAUGAAAACGCAGAAAAUGUGGAUGACGCGGCUGCCGGAGACGCACGAGACGGUGACGAAUUCGUUCGACUACCCGACACUGUUCGACGUGGCAACCGCCCUCGAACACUUUCCGCUGAGGAAGGUGUUCGCCGCACGCACAUUUGCCACCGAUUCGCUUGUGAAUGUGUUUGUGGAAAUGGCGCCGGGCACGAAGUACAAAGUGAGAGAGACUGUGCGCCACGAAUUGGAGAAGGCCUCCAGGUAGGACACUUCGCAACUAGAGAUCUCGUAACGCUUAGCCUACUUGAAAACCCUUCAGAUGAUGAAAGCCCCGAAAACUCCAUACUUUCACCUUUUUUUUUGGUUGGAAGCCGUCCAAGUUACGAAAUUCUUGCAGAUUCGUGGGCCACGCCGCCGAACUCGGUCACGAAGCGAUUAUGUUGCCGUUCUCGCCGAAAGUGGCCGUGUCGAUCGAAGAUGCGCGUCGUCGUCUGGAAGUGGAGACGAUCGAACGGCUACGCAAAUGCGGAUACCUCGAACACCUCGGAGCGCCGCCCGACGACUUUGUCAAAGCGCAAAUCGCGUCGAUCCAAGAGAUUCUGACACAUUGCUCGCCGCAAUUCAUUCAUGUACGCCCAAUUUUCAAAGUUUUCCCUCAAAAGACCAUUUGCAGCUGGCACUCCGUCACUUUUCCUACGACACGGAGACCACAAUCGCUUCGCUCCUCUCGCCAGAGUCCCUUCCGAUCGAAUUGCGUCGGCUGGAGCACACGGAGCUGCGCGCGGGCGUCGGAUCCGGAGAAUGGCCGCCGCUGGACUUUACCGCCGCCGACGAAAUCGAGAAAAGUGCGCGCGCAGAGAAACGGGCGCGCGAGGAGGAGCACCGACGGAAAAACGAGCAGAAACCCGCGAUGAACCUCUUUUCCCUCGCGCCGAUCCUCUCGGACCGCCCGCCGACGCCGCCGACCGACGCGGCCGCCGAUUUACGCGUCCGCGCCGAGUCCUACCGUACGACCGUCCUUGCCAAACUCGAGAAGAUGCGCGCAGACGCGACGGUCGCCGAUUCGAAAGAACGACUCGCGGCGGACGCGGAAAACCUCGUCCCCAUGUGGACGUCGAAGAAAUUCUCGGCGCUGAAUUCGUUGAAGAUCAGCGAGGCGGAUCGGGUGGCCAUCCGACCGACUUAUGAUAAAUAUCGGUACGAAACGCCGGGAGACGAUGAAGUUUAUGACGACGAGUACGACGAUGAGUUCGACGCGCGCGAGUUUAACGUCGAGAGACUCAAGUGAGUGAAGGGUCUCGAAGCGAUGCGCCUUUAAAAUACUGAUUUUUGAGGGCUUUAGAGUUUUUUCAAGUUUCGCAACUGACGGACGUUUCGCAACCAUGAUAGAAUGUCCAUCAGUUGCGAAGAACAUUCUAGUCGCGAAAUGUACGAUGUGAGCCGUGACAUGCAGAUACGUUUCGCAACGGGAACGUUUGUAGUUGCAAAACGUCUUCUGCCAGUUGCGAAAUGAAAUUUUGACAUUGAUUUUGGCUCAAAACCUGAGCGAAACGUUUCUGAUAGAAAAACCUCGAGUAGAGCGGUUUUUUAAGGCGCAGAACUGAAAAUAUCCCAAAUUCCAAUUUUUCUUUAUUUUCAGCGAAGAACUCGCCUCGUCGUCGGACGAAGAGACUGCUCCGCCCCCGCAAACGGCAUCGCAUCGAGGCGGACGCGGAAACGGAACCGGAAGAGGCGGCGGACGCGGAAGGGGCGCGGAGAGCGGCGGAUACACAGGCGGAAGGGACCGGCAGCAGAAGGAGCGCCACAAAUCGGACUACAAACAACGCGGAAACGAUCGGAAGCAGCGAGGAGGUGGACCAGUUCAUUAG